UAAAAAGAGCGUUCAGGGACUCGUUCUGCGCGGUGGGCCCACGUUGCUAGCUCCCAACCCAUCGCCCCCUUCCCGGAAACGCAUCCUUGCCGGGGACAAAAGGCUCCCAUCCCCGUCGUUCACACCGUCCUCCCCUUGUUCUUUUCACACCCGCGACGCAACCGCGCCGCCACCUCUAUAUCCUUCCCUCCAUCUCCACCCCCUCUCCCCUCACCUCCACCUGCCCAAUCCAACGCCGCAGCAAACCACGACAGCCCAGAUGUUCCUCGCCGACAAGUACAGCUCGCUCCUCCCCUCCCACCACUACCCCGCCACCGCCUCACCCAAGGCCAACCGCCGCCAGCAGCAGCAGGGCAAGGCGGCCCGCUUGGACGCCGCGCUCGCCGCGCGCCUCCGGGGCCUGCUGCCGCUGCCGGCGUCCCCGCUCGCGGCGCUCGCGCGGCUCGCUGACCUCCUCGCGCUCACGCUUGGGGAGGCGGCGCCCGCGCUAGCCGGCGAGGGGGACGCGGUCGCCGUCGCCGCCCAUCUCGACGCAGGCGUCGCGCUCCUCGACGCCUGCAACGCGAUUACCGCCCGCCUCGACCGGCUCCGCCUCCGCCGCCUCCUCGCCCGCUUCGCGCUGCACCUCCUCUCGUCGUCGCCCUCGUCACCAUCGUCGAUCGGGCGCGCACGUGCGGCGCUCACCGACCGCGCCGCAACGUCCCCUCCGCCCCCGCUCCCUUCCCUCCCGUUCGACCAGCCCCGCGGCCGCCUCUCUGCCGCCGCGCGCGUCCUUGUCGCUGUGAACUCCGUCUCCUCCCUCGCGGCGGCAGCCGCGGCCUCCGUGCUCGGCGGGGGCGCCCUCGCCGCCGCCUUCCCACUGGUCUCCAGCGACUUCCCGUGGGCGGAAGCCUUCAACACCGUCUCCAUCCAGCUCUCCACCCUCGCCACCAACACCAGCGAAGUGGACGCCAUCGACGAGGCCGUGCAGAAGCUCGCGUCGGUCCUCGACGGCGAAGGCGGCAUCGACGAGGCGGCGCUGCGUGCCGCGGCGCAGGAGGUGGAGAAGCGGACGGAGGAGCUGACAGCGCGGCUGGACCCCCUGUCGGACGCCGUCAGCCGCGUGUUCCGCGCGGCGCUAUGCCUCCGCGACGCCGAGCUGGGCAGCUUCAUGGUGGGACCCACCGAGAAGACGUGUAAAUAACUGUCACUCCGUAAGCGUGUGUGUAGUUACAUGUAUACUGGUACAGCUCAGCUCUACUGCUCUACAGUACGAAUUGGGCAAAUGUCGUAGCCGAAGGCAGGUUUGGGUGGGCGAGUCUGUUAAAAUUGUGUGUCAAGGAGGAGGCCACAUACGAGCAUACUUGCAUUUUGCACCCUUUUGGAUAUGUGGAAUCCAAUACUAUAUAUAUGGAAAAGGGAAAAUAUUGCAAAUGUUCUUCAAUCUGGCUCUGUAAUUUUGCGGCAUAUAGUAGUAUACUAUGGGCACGGGCGGAUCUAGCUAAAAAAAUAAGUGAGGGCAUAGCAGUGAUGGAGUCUUUGCAAUUUAAACGGGAGCGUGUGACUUCACUCGUCAGGGUCCGCACCUAACUUUGAGGAAUUUGAGAUGGCAUGUUUCUCUUGAUCCA